UGCUCUGAGUCUGAUAAGAAAUGCCACCUCUGGACGGCUGUGGACUUGGGCUUCUUCAUUCUGAUGGGGAUUGUAGGAGGCCUUCUCGGAGCCACCUUCAACUGCCUGAACAAGAGACUUGCGAAGUACCGCAUGCGGAAUGUGCAUCCCAAGCCAAAGCUGGUCAGAGUCUUGGACAGCCUGCUGGUGUCGUUGACUACCACAGUCGUGGUCUUUGUAGCCUCCAUGGUUCUGGGGGAAUGCCGGCAGAAGUCUUCCACCAGUCAUAGUGGCAAUGAUACUCUGAGCCUGCAGGGUAUGUCAGAGGAUGUGAAUUCAAGCAUCAAAACUUUUUUCUGCCCAAAUGAAACCUACAAUGACAUGGCCACACUCUUUUUCAACCCUCAGGAGUCAGCUAUCUUGCAGCUUUUCCACCAGGACGGUACUUUCAGCCCAGUCACACUGUCCUUGUUCUUCCUUCUCUAUUUCUUACUCUCCUGCUGGACAUAUGGGAUCUCUGUGCCCAGUGGUCUUUUUGUGCCAUCACUGCUUUGUGGGGCUGCCUUCGGACGCCUGGUCGCCAACCUCCUCAAAAGCUACAUUGGCCUGGAUCACAUCUACUCGGGAACCUUUGCACUGAUUGGGGUAGCAGCAUUCCUGGGAGGAGUGGUCCGCAUGACAAUUAGCCUGACUGUCAUCCUAAUUGAAUCCACCAACGAGAUCACCUAUGGGCUCCCAAUAAUGAUCACCCUCAUGGUAGCCAAAUGGACAGGAGACUUUUUCAACAAAGGCAUCUACGACAUCCAUGUGAACUUACGAGGAGUGCCUCUUCUGGAGUGGGAAACAGAGGUGGAAAUGGAUAAACUACGAGCCAGCGACAUCAUGGAACCCAACUUGACAUACGUCUACCCACACACCAGGAUCCAGUCCCUUGUUAGCAUCCUGCGCACAACUGUCCAUCACGCCUUCCCUGUAGUGACUGAGAACCGGGGCAAUGAGAGGGAGUUCAUGAAGGGAAAUCAGCUGAUAAGUAACAACAUCAAAUUCAAGAAAUCCAGCAUCCUCACCCGAGCCGGAGAGCAGCGCAGGCGUAGUCAGUCUAUGAAAUCCUACCCUUCAAGUGAACUGCGUAACAUGUGUGAUGAGCACAUAGCAACGGAGGAGCCA